UAUAAAUACCGCGCAUCCACCGGUAUCGUUACCAUUCCGUUUUUUACUUCGACAACUCCACCGGACACCACCAUGGCUUUUAAGAUUGCUCUUUUCGCUGCCGUUUUGGCGAUAGCUUCUGCUAAGCCUGCCCCGCAGGUCUACCAGACAGUAGCCCACGCUCCGGUCGCCUACCACGCCCCAGUCGCCACCUCCUAUGUCUCACCCUCCGUUGCCACCUACCACGCACCCGCAGUCGCCACCGCCUACCACGCUCCUGCAGUAGCCGCCUACCAUGCACCUGCAGUCGCCACCGCCUACCACGCUCCUGCAGUGACCGCCUACCACGCUCCCGCCGCCGUAGCGACCUCCUACCACGCCCCCGCUGCCGUGGCCACCUACCACGCACCAGCCGUCGCUACCGCCUACCACGCACCCGCCGCCGUCGCCACCUACCACGCUCCCAGCGUGUCCGUUGCCACUCACGCCGUAGCCGCCCCCGUCGCCAAGGUGGCCGCCGUUGACACUGACUACGACCCCAACCCUCACUACAGCUUCUCCUACGACGUCAAGGACACCAUCACCGGUGACGACAAGAGCCAAACGGAAACCAGACAAGGAGACACCGUCCAGGGUAGCUACAGUCUCACUGAACCCGAUGGCAGCAGGAGGACCGUUGAGUACACCGCUGACCCAGUCAACGGUUUCAACGCUGUAGUCCACAAGGAUGCCGCUGUCGCUUCAGUCGGUACCGCCUCAGUUCUUUCACAUGCCCCUGCCACUGUUGUCCAUGCUUUAUUCUUCGCUGCCGCUUUGGCUCUCGCCUCAGCCAAGCCAGCACCAGUCACCUACACGACCGUUUCCCACGGACCGGUCGCUUACAGUGCCCCAGUUGCCACCGUCGCCCACGCACCCGUUGCCACCUCCUACGUCUCACCCUCCGUUGCCACCUACCACGCCCCAGCCGUCGCCUCCUACGUCUCACCCUCCGUAGCCACGUACCACGCUCCAGCCGUCGCCACCGCGUACCACGCACCGGCUGCCGUCGCCACGUACCACGCACCCGCUGCCGUUGCCACCUACCGCGCCCCCAGCGUGGCCGUCGCCACCCACGCCGUUGCCGCCCCCGCUCAAGCCGUCGACACCGACUACGACCCCAACCCCCACUACAGCUUCUCCUACGACGUCAAGGACGCCAUCUCCGGCGACGACAAGAGCCAAACCGAGACCAGGGACGGCGACAACGUUCAGGGUAGCUACAGUCUCACCGAGCCCGACGGCAGCAGGAGGACCGUUGAGUACACCGCUGACCCGGUCAACGGUUUCAACGCUGUAGUCCACAAGGAUGCCGCUGUCGCCUCAGUCGGUGCCGCUUCCGUCUACUCUCAAGCCCCCGCAAUCGUUCAUCAUUAAAAAUCCGUCUCCGCCUAAUCUAAGUCAUUUUCCUACUGUGUUAUAGUCUUAAUAAAUUAUUAAGUUUAUUACAAAAA